GUCUGUGGAAAAAUAAAACAAUAAAUGAAACCAAUUUUAACGUGUGGAAUCGCUGACUCGCUAUUUUUCGUCUCAGGUGGGAAAAUAUCGACGAGUUUAAUGAGACAGACAUAAGGCAUUGGGUAACGUAGAGAUGAGAAUAAAGCAAUGAUAUGAGGGCUCUCAACGGGUAUAAAAGUGGACCACCGGCAGUGGUUCAGCAUCGUCUUUCAGAAUCUUCACUGCACAAUGUACGGACUCAUCUUUGCUCUGCUCGUGGGCACCGCUGGUGAGACUUUGUGUAACUUCCUCUGCUAACUGGUUGCGUAGUGAAUGGUUUUGGGUCGAACUGGGACCCAUGCCCUGCAGAGAUGGUCUAUUUACGUAUGCUGAACUUAUUUCGCACCGUAUGUAUCCAACCGUGCUAAUCUUUGCCUAUAAACAUCUGGCAGUUUAACAGCAUUGGUUUAAGCAGGGCAAUGAUGGAUAUCAUUACUGGUAAUUUUGGUAUCCUAAUUUGGCGUAUUUCUAAAUUCCUUCUGUGGGGCCCAUCAUGUCCAUCAGACAAGAACGACGAUUGAGCAAGUGAUGCAACAUUUCUAGUAACCAUAGCGGAGUGCCUUUUUCUGCUGGAAGUGAGCUUUGUAAUUGUGUUGAUGGUAACAUUGGUGGUGAUGAUCAUCACGGAGACAGCAGAGGCGGAUCAAUAAUAUCCCCAAGAGGGGUAUUCAUGAAUGUCCAUACUUUUAAAUAGGGGCUUACAUUAAUAAUUCGUUUUUUUUUCUGGUUAAGAUCAAUGACAAAAUUACUUUUCGACUCAGGGGGUGGGAGGGGGGUAGCAUUGCCUCCAUUACUUCCAUUGGAUUCUCCAUUUAGCCUUAUACACGAUGUCGAUAGUCAUGAUCCUGUUGACGAUUAACCUCACGAUGAAUGUUGGGUCUGAGUAAUUGACCGUGGCCAGGAUACUAAUUCACACUCUGCUUCGCUGACAGCGGCGGCCCCAUACAUGUAUGAGGACCACAUCGUGGGUGGCUCCGAGUGCGCUGCCCACUCACAGCCGUGGCAGGUGUCCCUCAACAUCGGAUACCACUUCUGCGGAGGCUCCCUGAUCUCCAGCGAGUGGGUCGUGUCUGCCGCUCACUGCUACAUGCCGGCGCCCAGCAUCUCUGUGCGCAUCGGCGAGCACAACAUCUUCGCUUCCGAGGGCACCGAGCAGUGGAUCCAGGCCUCCAAGGCGAUCCCCCACCCCCAGUACCACUCGGCCACCACCGACAACGACAUCAUGCUCAUCAAGCUGUCCUCGCCCGCCACCCUCAACCAGUACGCGCAGGCCGUCCCGCUGCCCUCCUCCUGCGUCGGCACCGGAGUCAUGUGCACCAUCUCCGGCUGGGGCGAGACCCAGACCAGCGUCGGCAGCCCCGAUGUCCUCAUGUGCGUCCAAGCGCCCGUGCUGAGUGAUACCUCCUGCAGAAACUCCUACCCCGGUGACAUCACCAACAACAUGAUCUGCCUGGGAUACCUGGAGGGUGGCAAGGACUCCUGCCAGGGAGACUCCGGUGGCCCCGUCGUGUGCAAUGGCCAGCUGCAGGGCAUCGUGUCGUGGGGCCGCGGCUGCGCCCUGCCCAACUACCCCGGCGUGUACACCAAGGUGUGCAACUACAACUCCUGGAUCGCCAGCACCAUGGCUGCCAACUGAGCGACUCACUCGGAAGCCACCUUGCCGAGCAACAAGCACCAUGAUGGUUGUAAUGCCAUGAAACGAAUAAAACCUUUGAAAUGUUGAUGCCAUCAUGUUUUUCUUGCCUUAUUUUCUUCGUAAAGUUGAUGAUCGAAACAUCGCCUAGCAUGGUACAAUGGAUUGCGUUGCUCUACUGCUCUGCAAUCUACAAAGCAGCCCCGUAGCAGCCUAUACAGCACAGGACUUCCUUACCCCUUUGGUAUGGUGGCCAUAUACCUCCUACCUGCAAUCCUUGAAUCAAUAGUAUACAUUUAAAAAACAUAUGUUUAGUUCAAUUUGUUCAUACCAAUAAAGUGGGCAGUUUAAGUAAUUUUCUUUGGGCAUGUCGAAUCGUUUUGCCAAGAAUCAACUGAUUUGAGUCGAUACAAAGGAGGGGGUGAUAUAAUAAUGAGAUGGAUAAUGUCGGCUUCCCAUUGUUCGAUCCAAACUCCUCCCACAGCUCGACACAGGAGCUAUAGCGUGACCUUGGAGCCCUCUCAGGGACGCUCGCAGCCAAUCACAACCAGGCCAUUGUCCUAAUUUGAAUAUGACCCGCCCCAUGAAAAUAAAUUCCUCUUUCCAUCUCUCCUGCUAGAUUUAAUAAUCGAUUGUCGGUAAAUCGAUCAACUGUUGAGGACUCGAUGAAACAUUCUGGCAUAAGAGUUGAUCGUCGAGUCCGGUUCACCUCUUGUGAGGGCCGCUGGAAACUUUAAACCGCACGACAUUUAGCAGUCACCACGUGGUACCUUCCAACAACAACAACCGCCAUUU